AACAAAUGGUAUACAAUGAAUGCACUCCGAUCAAAAUGACCUUCGUGUUCGAAUUCGGCUUUCCCUUUAAACAUCGAUGUCCACCAGAUACUCCAAGCACAUUCCGAAAACAGACUCCAUUCUUUCAAGCUCGCCGAGCUCAACCCCUCCGUUCAUUGUUCAUUUUGCUCUGUAGUCUCAUGAAAUUGCUCGCUUCGCUUGCUUUGAUUUUCGCUACACUCUCGUUGGUGGCAUCGGCGCCUUCCCCCAUUACACUCCGCCAAAACGAUCGAGUGGUCAUCGUUGGCGGGGGCCCGGCGGGCGUCCACUACGCGUCCCUAUUGGUCAAGAAGGGACUCAAGAAAGUUGUCCUCCUCGAAGCGUUGGAUCGAGUUGGGGGCAAGUCGCGUACUGAAAUCGACCGCGACGGUAUCCCCCACGAGUUGGGGACGUGCUUCCUCAACGGCGUCUACGGUCCCAUCUUCGACUUGCUCAACGAGUACGACCCGACAAACGAAAAGUUUGUGUGGGCGUUGAACGCACCAAACUAUGUAAAAGUGUUGGGUGAAAGCAUUGGGGUGGCUGACUCUGAUCCAGUAUCAAACUUGGACUAUCCGCGCUAUUUAAUUCGAUCGAUCGCGUUGAAUGCCCCGCCCGAGCUCCAACGCAAUGCCAACGUCACCGAGCUGCAAGACCUUGUUCGAUUCCAAAUCGGCCGGUACAUUGCACUUCACUAUGCCAUCUUUGGCAAGUACUCGUACGGACUGCCCCCUCCCCCCAAAGCCUGGAGCCUCAUCGACAUGACGGCAAUGGAGUUUUUGAAGCGAAACAACCUCACGGCGCUCGAAGGCACGCUUCGGUUUUCACAGCAACAACAAGGCUACGGCGUACUCGAGACGAUCCCUGCUUUCUACAUGCUGUGGUGGAUGCACCCGGACCAAUUUCUCAAGAAAACCAACGUGUACUCGUUGCGCAAGGGCUUUCAGAGUCUGUGGACCGCAGUCCACGCUGCGCACAAGAACCAGUACAAAACCAUCUUUCUCGCAAGAGCAACCAGCGUUUCCAGAGGCAACAAAUGGAACAAGCCACGCGUAACGUACCAAACGAAAUGGGGGGACCUCGAUACUAUCGAGGCUGACCAUGUGGUCAUGGCUGUGGACUUGAGUCUGUACGCUGGUCUGGUGGAGGAUCUGUCUGCCGAGGAGAAGCAGCUCUUCCAAGGGGGCGACUACACCGCGUCCGCGUUCUUGUCGACCUUGUACGAGUCGGAUGCGUCGCCUAUCGAGACGGCCAGUGUCGGCUGGUUCGGUCGCAUGCAAGAAAAUGGACGGGUGUCCGCCUUGCGCAAUUCCAAGCUCUCGUAUUUGUUCACUAACUCGACGGACUGGGGCGACCUGGCCAAAGGACGCCAAACCAACCUGGCAUACCAGUACUACAGCCACCCGUUGGACAAGGUAAACUCGACCGCGUCCAAGGCGCAGCUGGACGCCGACCUCAAGUUGGCUGGCAUCAAGAACGUGGAAGUGGCAACGCAGCUACACACCAACUACUUUCCGCGGUUCACCCCCGCGGGGCUCAAGAAGGGGUUGCUGUGGAAGAUCUGGGACAUCCAAGGCCAACGCAAGACGACAUGGAUCGGCAGCAGCGUCAGCUUUGAGAGCGUGCUGGACGUGGUCGUGUACAACAACAACUUGAUUCAGUAUGUGAACGUGACUGUGCCCAGAUAUUAACUACUGGUAGUACAGUACAUAAAGUGGAAUGGAUUGUUUUCAUUGCCA